UACACUCUACACAUUAACGUUUAGAAUCCUCAUUAGUUUUCGUCAAGAAAGCAAAACUUCCAAGAUGGUUCUCUUAGAGAAGCUUUGGGAUGAUGUUGUAGCUGGCCCUCAACCUGAACGUGGCCUUGGCAAGCUCAGGAAGCUCACAACCAACGUUAAAACUGAAGGAGAAGGUAGCAAGUAUCAAAGGACCUUGUCGAUGCCGUCGACACCGACAACCCCGGUGACUCCGACGACCCCAACAACACCUGGGUCGGCGCGUAAAGCUGACAACGUUUGGAGGAGCGUGUUCCAUCCUGGGAGCAACUCGGCCACAAAGAGCAUUGGGGCUGAAAUGUUUGACAAACCACUGCCCAACACUCCCACUGUCUAUGAUUGGCUUUACAGCGGAGAGACGAGGAGCAAGCACCGCUGAGGUGACAGCGAAGCCCGUGGGUUGCAUGUAAAUAGUGUCCUCUUUCGUUGAGAGGCUGCCACGUGUUUGCAUCUACCAUUACCUGUCGUGACUUAAUUGGUCUGUUACUGACUGAAAUAUUAGUAGCGUGGUUGGUUUCUGGGAGCAAGUUAAUGUAAAAUGCUUAAUAAUUAUUAGUAUGCUUUGUUUGUACUUAAGUUUUGUUAGCCAGAUUUGCCCUGUAACUAUGGCGAUGGCUUGAUCUCUCUGUUUUGGUAAGUGAUGGAUUUAUUAAAAUAAAUGGAAGUGUGUCGAUGCCUCUUAUUUCUAUGAUUGUAAUUAUCUAGUGUGAUCAAGUGAAAAACUUAAAUUGGUAAUUUUAUAUUGGGAUUUGAUUUGGCUAAGCAUCAUAGAAUAUUUAAUCAAUGUGAUAAGUAUAAAGUAUCAUCUUUUAUGGAUUCCCACUGUCUUCUCAUAAUAAUUCAUUUGUAAUGUUUACAUUGC